CAAGAUUAUAAGAAGAGGAAAUAAUCCACCAACAAUGAGAACAUUAUUCAACCCAUCACUCUCAAGCAACACAAACACUUCCCAGUCAACCAACCUACAAUCACAUCCAACACAUUCACCUUUAUUCAUCAACCAUUCUACUUACUUCACAAACAACCAACAUGUCUCCUCCUCGCCGAGCCCUCAUCAGCAUCACCUCCGCCAGUGCUACCCUCUUUGACGGCAAAGAGACCACUGGCCUCUUCAUCAGCGAAGCCCUGCACCCCUACAAGGUCCUCAGGGCUGCUGGCUUCGAGGUCGAUCUAGCCUCAGAGACUGCCACUUACACUCCCGACUGGCUCUCUCAGCAGCCUGACUUUCUCAAUGGCGACGACCUGGCCACUUGGAACGACACAGACAGCGAGUUCCGCAAGAAGCUCGACAACAUGCCCAAGGCUUCUGAGUUGGACGGUUCUAAGUAUGGCCUCUUCUAUGCUUCCGCUGGCCACGCUGCACUAAUCGACUACCCAACUGCGACUUCACUUCAGAAGAUCGCUGAGCAAGUCUGGGCUAGCGGUGGAGUCGUCUCAUCUGUGUGUCACGGUCCUGCUAUCUUUGCCAAUCUCCUCGACACUACCACCGGUGAGCCUUUGAUCAAGGGCAAGAAGAUCACUGGCUUCACUACCGAGGCUGAGAACACCAUGAAGAUCAUGGGCGAGCUCCGAAGCUGGAACUCCGAGAUGGUUGAAGAAGUUGCUGCUCGUCUUGGUGCCACCUAUAAGCGUGCUCCUGGCAUCUGGGACGACUUCCACAUUGUUGAUGGCCGCUUGGUUACAGGCCAGAAUCCCGCUAGUGCCGAGUCUACCGCUAAAGCAGCGGUGGCCGUCUUCGAGACUCUGUAAAGUCUAAAUCUUCCAGGGAAGGAAAAAAUGGAUAUGGGAAACAUAUCAAACGGUCUUAUAGGAUGAUGGUCUUGUGAAUUUAUAGAUAGGUCAUAACUCAGUAGUAUUAUAUGCGAGGAU